GUGCUUAAAACGAGGAAGGAAGUGCCGUAUACCUUCCUCUCACUACACACUUGGAGAGAUUAGCGGCAGCAGUAAUCUGUUUCAGGACCAUGGCCAGAGACAACGUUUGGAUAUGAAUCUUAUCGAAAGUUUCCUACGACUCUCUGUGAACCUUUACGGACACCAAACAGUGUGACGAAGUUUGUUUGGACAGGGUAUCCGGAAAAGUGGGGCUGAACAUGCAUAUUCGACUGGUUUUAUAUAAAGGGACUUGAAGGAGGCUCAGUCAAAUCUCUGGACAGUCUGUCGCUGAUUACGAGUCUCGUUUCACAUGAAAGCGUGAGUUACGAAAGCUGGUGACCCAACCAAAUCGGUUCUUUUAAUGUGAGUAAGAAGCAAGAAGCCGGGAAGCAGAGGAGAAAGGCUGUGCGCUCAGUCGGGAGCGCGCAGAGACUGCACAUUGGGCCGGUCCUGGAGACGUGAGGAUGGAGGUCCGGCCGGACAGGUUUAAGGCCGUGGCAGCCAAAACUCUUGGGAAAAUAUACGGAGCUAUCGAGAAGAAACAGGAAAAUGGCGAGACCAUCGAGCUGUCGGCAGAGGGCCGGCCAGAGCUGGUGGAGGAGAAGGAGAUGCCUGUGGUGGACUGCACGUGCUUCGGUCUGCCCAGGCGCUACAUCAUCGCAAUCCUCUCUGGCAUUGGUUUCUGCAUCUCCUUCGGUAUCCGGUGUAACUUGGGCGUGGCUAUCGUCAGCAUGGUCAACAGCCACACCAUCUUCAAAGACAACAAGGAGGUUAUAGUGAAAGCACAGUUUGACUGGGAUCCUGAAACGGUGGGAAUGAUCCACGGUUCAUUCUUCUGGGGAUACAUUGUAACUCAAAUCCCAGGAGGGUUCAUUUGUCAAAAGUUUGCAGCAAACAGGGUGUUUGGCUUUGCUAUAGUGGCAACAUCUUUCCUGAACAUGCUCAUUCCUACAGCAGCUCGUAUGCACUUUGGCUGCGUUAUCAUUGUCAGGAUCUUUCAAGGACUUGUGGAGGGAGUUUCAUACCCAGCAUGUCAUGGUAUUUGGGCCAAAUGGGCACCACCUCUUGAAAGAAGUCGCCUGGCAACAACAGCCUUUUGUGGUUCUUAUGCUGGUGCUGUGAUUGCCAUGCCAUUAGCUGGAAUCCUAGUCCAGUACUCAGGAUGGUCAUCUGUCUUCUAUGUGUAUGGAAGUUUUGGUGUUAUGUGGUAUUGCUUUUGGAUCCUGGUCUCGUAUGAAAGUCCGGCAGCUCACCCCACCAUCACCGAGGAGGAGAGGAAAUACAUUGAGGAAAGCAUUGGCGAGUCAGCCCAAUUUACAGUAACGAAAUUCAACACACCGUGGAGGGCCUUCUUUACCUCCAUGCCAGUGUAUGCCAUCAUCGUAGCCAACUUCUGCCGAAGCUGGACUUUCUACUUGCUCCUCAUCAGCCAGCCUGCUUACUUUGAGGAGGUCUUUGGGUUUGAAAUUAGCAAGGUGGGGAUAUUGUCUGCUCUUCCUCAUCUGGUUAUGACCAUCAUUGUGCCCAUUGGUGGCCAGAUUGCUGACUAUUUGCGAUGCAACCACAUCAUGACCACCACGAAUGUCAGGAAGCUAAUGAACUGUGGAGGGUUUGGGAUGGAGGCUACCUUGCUGCUGGUAGUUGGUUUUUCACACACAAAAGGCAUUGCCAUUACAUUCCUGGUCCUGGCUGUGGGUUUCUCUGGUUUCGCCAUUUCAGGUUUCAAUGUCAACCACCUGGACAUUGCACCGCGGUAUGCUAGUAUCCUCAUGGGUAUCUCCAACGGCGUAGGCACCUUGUCUGGGAUGGUCUGCCCACUUAUAGUCGGUGCCAUGACAAAGCACAAGACGCGAGAAGAGUGGCAGGGCGUGUUUCUUAUUGCCUCACUCGUUCAUUAUGGAGGUGUUAUGUUCUAUGGUAUUUUUGCAUCUGGAGAGAAACAAUCUUGGGCAGAGCCAGAGCAGCUGAGUGACGAGAAAUGCGGGAUCCUGGACGAGGACGAGCUUGCAAAUGAGACGGAAGAACUGUAUCGCACAAGCGGUGGAGCGGGCUACGGAGCCACGAACCAGGCAUCGGAUCCCAACGGAGGGGGCAUGGCUGGGGGAGGAGGAGGAGGCUGGGUGUCAGACUGGGACAAAACUGAGGAGUAUGUCCAACCAGCCGGAACCAAUAAUUAUCUUUACGGAGGAGAGGGCGACCGAGAGUUAUAACGUAAAGCCAGCAGACACAGUUUAUCAGCAAUGUGGAAUUUCACUCAAUGGCAUUAAAAAACUGGUGGGAAUGUGGGGAUGGACAAUUUUCAGCAGGUCUGACUAUUUUAUCAUAAAUUAAGAAUUUCACAGAGACUGCACAGUAGAGAUGAAGACAGUAGUAAACGUAAAAUGUGUUUGUGCAUGAGUGCAGUCGUUAUACGCUGUGUGGCAGAAUGGUGUCACCGGCCCACCUUCAGACAUGUCGGAGGACGGCUUUAGGCCUGGUGUGGCGUUCUUUGAUGCUUAGUCAUUGUAACUGUAGAAACUGGACUGACAUGACAUGGAUUUCAUUUCUAUGCCUCUUAUUUGUAUUUUAAUCACUUGUGAUUACACAUCUUUAGGUGCACAAUGAUCACACUGACUUUGAUAUCUAUUGUCAGAUUAGUUUCGAAGACAAGAUUUUUCAUAGGGGUGGCCAAGAGAGAAACAACCUGCUGUAGGUUUAUGUAUUAGUCUUCCUAGUCAAAUGGUACAUUUACUACAUAGAAUAAUAACGUAUUUGUUUGAUUUUUAUUUUUCACCCUUAUCUGAUUUAAAAAACAAAACAAAAAAGAUCUGCAACCACCUGUUGAGAUACUCUCAUUCAUGGCAAAACAGGUUUGCUGAAGAUAUAGUAAUUUCUGGAUGUAAUUUCUCCAUGAAUAUAUAGUUGAACAUAGCCACCCAUGGCCACCCCUUGUCUCUGCCCCUGGCCCCAACAGGUUUUUGGUUGUUUUGUUUUGUUUUUCAUUAUUGUCCUUAAUGUGCACAUUUUAGAAAAAAAAAAAUCAUGUGCCAAUACAACACAAUAUAUAAUGUUCUGUAGUAUUGGUUUAUUCAUCCACUGAAAAAGGAACUGAACAUCUGCAAAUAACACCACAUCUGGCUUUCUGGGAAGUCUACAUAGACAUUUUAGAUGCACUUUUUAACCACUGUAUGUAGUGGACUACUACCUUGCCUACUAGCUGUCAUACUGUGAAAAAAAGCAUAUAGGAUUAGUUUAAAUCUCCAGAACAUCAACGUCCUCUUUUAAAAUUAGACUCUUAGGUUAGAAACUGUUUUUCUUUCUGUUUCUUUCUGUUUCUAUUCUUUCUGUUUC